UUCCGUUUUCUUGACCUUCCGGGGGAGGUUCGAAACAAAAUAUAUGCAAUGACGCUCAGCAAGACGCAGCAGGCACUCAUUAAGUACCGUCCCCGCCAUGCAAGUCUCAGGCCACGCAAGGCGGAAUCGGAUAAGAAGCCGUCUCGUCGCCCAUACAUGGGCUUGACCCAAGUCUGUCGGCAAAUCCGCCAGGAGUAUCGUCCAUUGUAUCUUCGAGAACAGCCAAUCGGAUUGGAUAUGGUUGACCUCAACCCCUAUUUGAAAGCCUUCUACCCGAUCACCGACAGCGAUGGCAUGGUUAGCAAAUCGGACUAUUCCAUGCGCAGUGUGACUGUCGCACUGAACUAUCACAUCUCCUCUCUUGAGAAGUGCAAAAAGGGGAUUGACCUCUGGCCGAUGCUUAACAUCUGGGCCAACGCCUACCGCCUGGAAGCUGGAUUCGGUCGUUACUCGCAUCACGGUUAUCAAAGCGAGCUGGAUGGGGAGGCAAAAGAUAUGUAUCGCCUCUUUGGCCGCAGGGUGCUGGAAGACCGCUCGUGCACCGCGCUUGUCGUUGCCUGGAGGGACCUUUUGAGGGAGGGCAAACUGGCUGCCGUUCGUGUCCAUCGCGCUUGGAAGAAGAACGAAGGUCCAUAUAUCGAGAUUCUCUUCAAGCCGGAGCACAAGGAAAGCUGGAUGGACGCUGAAGUCUCCGAACCCCCCGAGGACUGGCUCAACAAGUACGGCUUCACAGAAAUGGAAUACUUCAACAUCAAGGUCGGCGUUGUCGUUGAUUCACCAGUGAAGACUGGCCUCAAGAAAUGA